GCCUACCCAAGAAAAAAGUAGAGUAAAAAAAAAAAAGAUAAAAAAAGUAUUUUUAGUUCCUAUUUUAUAGGAGAAAUUGGGUAAUACCCAUUUUGCAGUUAGUUGGUUUUGCUCUUUUUUUUGGGGGAAAUUUUGGUUAGGUGGGAAAUGGCGAAAUCAGUGGAGAAAAAUGAAGUUGUGUCCAUUGAGCUUCCGGCUCCUCCUAGUUGGAACAAGAAGUUUCUGCCUAAAAAAGGAGGUACUCCAAAGAAGAACGACAUCGUAUUUACUGCACCAACAGGGGAGGAGAUCACCACAAGAAAACAGUUGGAACAGUACCUGAAGUCACACCCUGGUGGUCCGCCAGUAGCGGACUUUGAUUGGGGAACUGGUGAAAUGCCAAGAAGAUCCGCUAGGAUCACUGAAAAGGUGAAGGCAACUCAAUCUCCAGCAGAAAGUGAGCCUGCUAAGAAACGAGGCAGAAAGUCUUCGGCUUCGAAGAAGGAUUCCAAAGACAAAGAAGUCCCUAAAGAAACUGAAGCAGCAAAGGAUGAUGACAUGGAGGAAGCUGAAAAGCAUGAGAAGGAUACUGCAGCAAUGGAAGCUGAGAAAGAUGUUGAAAAAGAACAAGACGAGAACCAAAAUGAACCUCAAGAUGGAGAAAGUGAAGUGGAGAAGAAAGAUGAAAUCCAAUCUUCUGAGAAUGAUGUUGUGAAGGAGAACUUAGAUGAAGGUCAAAUUGUCGACGACAAAGUAGAAGAUGCUCAAGUUGAGAAAGAUGUUGAGAUGGCUGAUAACGUUGGACAUUCUAAAGAUGUUGAAGAGGCUCCUGUUGAUAAAACAGCUGAUGGUCCUGACGCUACUAAAAUUAACGAGGAAAAGGAUGUACAGGUUCAAGAAGUAGAAAAGAUACCUACUGAAGAAGCUCACGUUGAGAAGGACGUCAAAAUGGCAGAUAAAGAUGUUGAAGAGGAGGCCCCUGCUGAUAAAACAGCUGUUGGUCCUGAAGCUGCUAAAAUUAACGAGGAGGGAAAGGAUGUACAGAUUCAAGAAGUAGAAAUAUUACCUACCGAGGAAGCUCAGGUUGAGCAAGAUGUCAAAAUGACUGAUAACAUUGGACAUCCCGACGAUGUUGAAGAUGUCCCUGCAGAUAAAGAAGCUGAUGGUCCUGAAGCUACUAAAAUAAAUGAGGGAAAGGAUGUACAGGUUCAAGAAGCAGAAAACAAACGGACUGAAGAAGCUCAGGUUGAGAAAGAUGUCAACGAUGUUGAAGAGGAAAAGGCUGUACUGGUUCAAGAAGUAGAAAACAUUCCUACUGAAACAGAAAAAUUCGAUUGUAGCGCUGCUGAGGAAAAGAAUCAUCAAGCGGCAGGAGAACAGAAAACUAGUGCUGCAGCAAAGAGUACUGAUGAUCAAGAUAAUUUGAUGAACAUUGAAAAAAGUAAGGUGGAGGGUGAAGUAACUGAGAAUGGCAGCAACGCUAACGAGGCCAAGCCUUGAGCAACGGUUCUCUCUAAUUCUAACCUUUUGCUCUUCUUGCUUCAUUUGGAUGACUGUAGUGUUGUCAAUUAUAGAUACUCUGACUGUUCAUGAGAGACAUGUGUAUGCAAAAUUCAUAGAUUUAGGUCCUAAAUAUUGCUCUAUAAGGAUUUAUCGCCUGUACCAUUACUACUAUAUGCCAUAAAUUUAGACUUUCAGCAGAGACACUAGUUGUGCUGAGGUAAUUUGUAGCUGUCCAGAUCUGCUAAACUUCUUGUUAGAACUUAGUAAUGUAAGCUUAUAAAAAGCCUUUGUGUCAUCUUGACUAAUGAGGGAGUUGGUGAGUCAAGAGUUGCUGCAGUUUGUUGUGAUGUGAUUGUGUUCUUACCUUUCAUUAAUCCAUCCGUCAAUCAACUAUCUCAAUCCAAAGCUA